ACUGGGCUGUGUUAUGUUUAGCAGCAGAGAUAUCGAUGCGGCUCAGUUUCUGGUGACAGCUGGAGGGGAAGAACCAACUUUGUUGUGAGCUCUUUGUAGUGGAAACAUCUACAUCUUUGUGUGAGGACUACUUGAAAAAAUGACCUCUACGUACAGCAGCAUUCAUGACAGUUAUUUGCCAAACAAAGCGCGAUCAACCAGCUGUGUGGCGUUAGCUGUGGUUUUGGGCUGUCUGACGGUUCUGGGGAUCGUUCUCGCCGUCAUUGUGCUGGAAAGACCACCGCCUCCAAAAGACCACGAGACUCUUCCUGAGGAAUAUGAUGGAAGCAAUCUCUCUGCAAACCAGUGCAGCUUGGUGCUGGUGGAGAGCAUCCCUCAACACAUGAAAUACAAAGACAAUGUAACUUUUGGAAUCCCUCUCAAAAAAGCCUGGAAAGAUCUUCUCUCCAUGGCAGCAGAACAAGUGGAAGUGUCCUCUUUCUACUGGACUUUAACUGGGGAAGACAUCAACGUGAACUCUUCCUCUGACAUACCUGGCAGAGACAUCCUAAGAGAACUGGAAGAGUUGCCCUCCAGGAAUAUAUCUGUCAGAGUGGUCACCAGUGUCCCCAGUGUCAGAACGAACUCCACAGAUUUAAAGAUCUUGAAACAGAAAGGAGUUCAGGUGAGGAGGGUGAACUUUGGGCGCCUGACAGGUGGCGUACUCCACAGCAAGUUCUGGAUUGUUGACAGAAAACACGUGUUUAUUGGAAGCGCCAACAUGGACUGGAGGGCUCUCACACAGGUGAAGGAACUGGGAGUAGUCGUCUACAACUGCUCCAGUCUGGCGAAGGACCUUUAUAAGAUUUUCCAGUCCUACUGGGUGAUGGGACAGUCCAAUAGCUCGCUGCCUCAGCCCUGGCCUGCACAGUUUGACACAGGCAUCAACGAGCAGCACCCCCUGCUGGUGAAAAGUGAUAACAUCUCCAGCAGGCUGUACCUUACAGGUUCUCCACCAUCAUUCUGCCCUCCAUCGAGAACUCAGGACCUGGAGGCGAUUCUCUCCAUCAUCUCGGAGGCAAGACACUAUGUCGACGUGGCAGUCAUGGAGUACUUCCCCACCACACGCUUUGAAAUGCCUCGGAGAUACUGGCCUUUCAUUGAUGACGCCAUCAGGACGGCAGCAUUCGAGAGGAGGGUUCGGAUCCGGAUGCUGAUCAGCUGUGGACGGGACUCUGAUCCGGCCAUGCUGCCCUUCCUUCAGUCUCUAGCUUCAAUGGAUAGCCCUCACCAGAAUAUCAGCAUCCAAAUAAAAGUGUUCAUUGUGCCUGUGGGCAACCAGUCUAAUAUUCCAUACACCAGAGUCAACCACAAUAAAUACAUGGUAACUGAUAAAGUCGCCUACAUCGGUACUUCCAACUGGUCAGGCGACUACUUUCUGAGCACAGCUGGAGUGGGUCUGGUGGUUUCCCAGCGUGCUCCUCACCCCUUGUGGAGGACCGAGGCCCUGCAGGGCCAGCUAAGGGCCGUGUUUGACCGAGACUGGCACUCUGAGUUUGCUGUGCAUUAUGAUGACCUGGGGCACCAUCCAGACUGUAGACUAUCAAGAUGACAGAGAUUCCUUUACAACAGUUACACAUGAAUAUAUAUAAUUAUUAAUGUGGGUGUUUGUUGUUGUUGUUGUUGUUGUUGUUUUUUACAAUAUAAUUACAUAAAUAAACAUAAUUUCAAUAAUACAUAAUAAAUCAUAUUAAAUAUUAAAAUACAAAAGACAAAUAUUAGAACAUGAGGGUUUUGUUUAAAAGAUGAUUUUAUUUUACUGAUUUAUUUAGACAUUUUAACAUGCAUACAUUCCCAUGCAUAUAUACUAAUAGACUUGCAUAAAUAUGGAAAAAGAUUUUAACAAAAUAAGUUUGUUUUUGGGUGAUAUACACUUUCUAUUUUCUGCCACAUUUCCUCAACUUUAUUUCCUUAAAGUUUCAGGGAGAAAAUGAUUCUUUUAUUACAAAAAAAAAAAUCAUAAACUACUCAUACUAUCCUCCUAUAGAUGGAGUGUCCCUUUACAUUUCCUUGUAAUGGCCUUUUUGGCAGCAGCAACACUGCCAAAUAGAUAUUUUGUUUUCAUAUUUAUGGAUGUUGAAUGAAGUAUUCCAAAAUAGAUAUAAGGCCACUUAAAGGUAACUAUUGUCCAAUAUUUCAAGUAUUUUGCCCAGAUGGUUUUGAUUGAUGUUGCUGUUUUUAUAUUAUUGUUGUUCAAAUUUGCAGUUUUGUUAGAUUGUUCCAUUUAAUGAAAUCAAAAAGCAAUUUAGAUCAUAUUUUUGUGGUGAACAUUUGCUGAAAGUGAGGAUGAGGCGUUUAAAAUUGUUUAUAAAUGAAAAUUGUUUAUGAAUGAAACCCUGACAUGAAAGGUUUUCGCUCCACCAGCUUUGAUAAUGUAAUGCUCCUGUAGCACUGACAAACAGUUAAACAUUUUUUUAUCAGAUGUUGGUGGUGAUUAGUGCUGAGCUCAUUGUUGAUGCAAAAGAUUAUGAUUGACUGAUGAUUAUAUCACUGACAAAGAAGUAAUCUGUAUUUACAUGCUAAAUAAAUGUAUUGUUACCACAGUUCAA